UUCCAAGUUCUGCCAGCUUCGUUCCGCUGACCUUCAACCGUUGAAAAGCGACAAACACGCUAGUCCAUCUGUAAACAGUGUUUCUACGUCAUGAUGGCUGCAACAAAGCGUGCUCUUGCUCUUAUUGCACGCGGUACGGAGGAAAUGGAGCUGGUUAUUACUGUUGAUGUGCUGCGGCGCUGUAAUGUCGACGUAACGGUAGCGUUGGUGCAAGGAGGUGAAACUGGCACCGACAAGGAACUGAUUGCCUGCUGUUCCCGGGGUGUAAACAUCAAAGCCGACACUACACUCCAGGCGUACGUGGAGCAGCAUGCAGCCACUGAUGAUGCAUUACCAGAUGCAAUUAUUCUGCCUGGUGGGCUCGACGGUGCAAAAGCGAUGGCACAAGCGACGGCCGUUGGUCAGCUGCUCCAGCGUCAGCAGAAAGCCGGCAAGCUGGUAGCUGCCAUAUGUGCUGCACCUACGGUACUAGCAGCCCACGGUAAACUGUUUGCCGGACGGCGUGUCACGUCCUAUCCCUCGUUCCGGGAGAAAAUGACGGAGGCCGGCUACGUGUGGGAAGAACCAACGGCCGGAUCCCCGCUGGGACGGGUUGUUCGGGAUGAUAAUCUUAUCACCAGCCUCGGACCGGCGACUUCGUUCGAUUUUGGGCUUGCGAUCGGUGCUGCACUCGCCGGCCAAGAGGUGGCCGAUAAGGUUGCGACCGGGUUGCUCUACAAGUGAUUGAUCGGACUGUACUAAAUCCCUCUAGCCGCCCAGGUCGAGUUGUGCGAUGUCCAAAGCCAUUGAAUGUUCCUUGCAAGAGUGUUUUUGAAACAGGAAAACAUAUAAUAUAA